AUGGCUGAGAGCAUCGCAAGAGGUGUAGUCAAAUCAGGUCUGUUGCCUGCUUCCCAGAUUAGAACUGCACAUCUUGGAUAUGCUCGUCGUACUGCUUUUGAAUCUUUUGGCGUCAAAGUCCUAGAUCAUAACAGUCAGGUAGUUGAAGACAGUGAUGUUGUCAUAUUAUCUGUGAAGCCUCAAGUUGUUAAAGGAGUGGUACUGCAGUUGAGGUCACUCCUCUCAGAGAAGCAGCUUUUGGUGUCAGUUGUUGCUGGAGUUCAACUAAAAGAUUUGCAGGAGUGGGCUGGUCACAGUCGAUUUAUUAGAGUUAUGCCAAACACCCCGGCUGCUGUUGGCAAUGCAGCAUCUGUUAUCAGCCUGGGGGCUGCGGCUACUGAAGAUGAUGGACAAUUAAUUUCCAAGUUAUUUGGAGCCAUUGGUAAGGUGUGGACAGCUAAUGAGAAACUGUUUGAUGCAAUCACUGGCCUCAGCCAUAUACUUUAUAGAGACGAAAAGAUGGGGUUAAUUGGCCUGUUCUAG